CAAAUUGAGUGGCGGCACAGCCCCCCCAAGAGAUCAAUAGACCACCUCUUCCCACAACCUCACCAUGGUGACCUACGGACAGAGCUGCACACAGCCAAUGUGUAUUCCUCCAUCAUAUGCUAACCUCAGCAAAGCUGACAGAGAUAUUUUCAACAAAGGAUUUGGCUUUGGGUUGGUGAAACUUGACGUGAAAACAAAGUCAUGCAGUGGUGUGGAAUUCUCAACAUCUGGUUCAUCUAAUACAGACACUGGUAAAGUUACUGGGACCUUAGAGACCAAAUAUAAAUGGUGUGAGUAUGGUCUGACUUUCACAGAGAAAUGGAACACUGAUAAUACUAUGGGAACAGAAAUCGCAAUUGAAGACCCGAUCUGUCAAGGUUUGAAACUGACACUUGAUAACACCUUUUCACCAAACACAGGAAAGAAAAGUGGUAAAAUCAAGUCUUCUUACAAGAGGGAAUGGAUGAACCUUGGAUGUGGUGUUGACUUUGAUUUUGCUGGACCUGCAAUCCAUGGUUCAGCUGUCUUUGGUUACGAGGGCUGGCUUGCUGGAUGCCAGACGACCUUGGACAGUGCCAAAUCAAAGCUGACAUGGAAUAACUUUGCAGUGGGCUAUAGGACUGGGGACUUCCAGCUACACACUGAUGUCAAUGAUGGGACAGAAUUUGGAGGCUCAGUUUAUCAGAAAGGAUGUGAAGAUCUUGACACUUCAGUAAACCUUGCUUGGACUUCAGGUACCAACAGCACUUGCUUUGGUAUUGCAGCUAAGUAUCAGUUGGAUCCCACUGCUUCCAUUUCUGCAAAAGCCAACAACUCUAGUUUAAUUGGAGUGGGCUACACUCAGACUCUGAGGCCUGGUGUGAAGCUUAUACUGUCUGCUCUGGUAGAUGGGAAGAGCAUUAAUUCUGGUGGCCACAAACUGGGGCUUGCCCUGGAGUUGGAGACUUAAUACAGCUGAAAGCAAUCUCUGGGA